AUGGAUUUCCGGGUCCAGCUGAAACCAUCAAACCUAUCCAGGAGUUUAUCUGAGCUUCCCUUCCCGCAGUGGUCCAGCGACGACAUUGCUUCUUGGCUUCACGACAUGGGAUUACACUUUUACGUGAGCGAAGUACAGCGCUGGGGUUGUCGUGGCCAACAAUUGCUAGAAGUUCCAGUGGCCGAGAUCGAAAAGGAGUUGUCCAUCAAACAUCCGCUGCACAAGAAAAAGCUCAUCCUUGCUAUAGAAGCUAAAGGCCGAGCUCAGGAUCCUAUGUCACUUGUACCAAUCCUCCCGGAUUUGCUGAAGCACACCGGAAAAUUGGACCAUCAGUGGGCCGUUCGUUGGCUAGAUCCCACUAUAUUCUUUUACAUUUACCACACGUUCAAAACCCUAAAUGAUUGUUUGGGUGCUGACUUUAUUGACGAGAGUGGAAAUAUUUGGGAAAUAUACUCUGCUAGCUGGGAUGAUAUCGGCUUGCCACAGUACAAAGAUGCGUUCCUCGAGUGUCGAGUGGAUGGCCGAAUGCUUCAUUUGCUAUCGGUGUCCAUGUGGUUUGUUGGUGCACGAUCUCGCUUUAAUGCCAAGCUGCUGGCCGCGUUAUUGUCAAUUCCUCAGGGUAAGACGCUGCUACGUCGGAAUUUGGCCACGCAUUUUAAUCAAUUGGUCAGUCGGGAAGUGGUGCAAGCAAAACGUGAAAUGGAAACUUCAUCGGCCUCUCCUCCUCUGACUCCUGUUGCCAAAGUCAAAAUCAUAAAGAAAUCACAGUUCACGUUAAAAUGCCGAAAGGGCAAACCGGACGAAUUUGAUUCUGAUGAUUGGGUUUGCCCACCUUUCGAUUCGUCCGAUCUAGAUAAUGACAAAACUUCUUCCCCAAAGUCUCCUAUGACCAAAUCAACCGACUUGUGAAGGGCAGUCGAUUGAAUUUAUCAUCUUGACAAUACGAAA